CGACACAGUCUUAGGUCCCCUAACUAAUUUCACACGACGCAGGGGGUUUGGGAGAAGAGAGCUUGAUGUUAUACUACCUCUCCGAGGGCACUUGAGGUUUGGCCUGCGAUUUAGGCUGAUGCGCCGGCCGCCAUAUGCAUUCGAGGGCGGGCAAUUGCAGCAUGGCAGAGGAGUAAGCUCCGUUGCUAGGUGGUUGCUUUGUGCACUCGGUGCUGGAGUCGGCUCCGCCUUCAUGAUCAGAUUAUAUCGGUUGAUGACGCUAUUACCUGACGAUAGUGACCUAGACAAUGCCCCCCGGGGCGGGUUAGUUGAGACGAAACCUCGUCGCGAGAACAGAUCCGUCCAAUAUGGUUGUGCCCACGGUUAUUCCACCAGGGGAGACGCAGUACCAACAAGACGCAUGACGGGCUGUUGUUAACGGUAGGGGCCCGCGUGAUGACUCUGCAGCCAUCUGGUCUCCGCCC